AUGACGUGCGGUAAAUUCCACGUUCAAUCGUGCAGCCUCAUUUGGUUCCUCAGCACCAUCUACCUGGUUCGCACUGCGCUACCAAAACGAAACACCGAGGCUGCUUUUAACCUCGUUAUCCAGCGUCCACGCGUCGCGGGCGGCACACUGACUAUCCCCCUCGACUCCACCGUCAAGAUCGUGAACGAUAUUGGCAGCGACACAGCACGCAACAUCAUUCGUCUGGAGCACGGCUCAAGCUGCAAGCGUCUGGUGAUGAGGGCGUCGAGCUCAGUGGAGCACGAGAGAUGGCUUUACGCUAUCGCGACGGCUACGACGCAGUUUGUGGAGCACACCACAACUUGCGACUCAUUCGACACUUCCGAGCGCCAUCGUGCGAAGAAUUCACAACCAGCGGUCACGACACAGCAACCCGCUCAACACGCAACACGCUCACAAGCCUCCCAUGUAGCUCCAGCCAACUCAAGCUGCUCACUCGGACGAAUGCUUCGGCAAAAUGUCCCGAAUGUCAUGCAAUUCUUCACGACCGUCGGCCAAAUCAUCGCGGCGGCUACCUAA